GAGUAUUUAAUUCGCAUUUCAGCCGUUUAAUGCGUUAUUUCCUUUUGAAUUUACCCAUGCAUACACAAGCAGGAGUAUUUGAACUACAAAUAAAUUAAACCUGCAGGGAUAAUAUUUUGGAAAAUAACACUAUUUUUCUUUUUGGUAGAAAAAGUAGAAGGAAAAGCGUAGACAUGUGCUUUCGAUACAUUGAGUAAGCAGAAGGAAUAAUAAACACAAGGACAACAGAAGAAUUGACCUAAAUAUGGAUUCAGUGCGCUUUUCAAUUAUAGAGAGCGACUUGAAGUGGAACCAAAAAAACGAGGAGAAUCUGGAAGGAGAGGAGGAUAAUAAGAGCAUUUCGAGCGAGGGCAGUGUUGAGGGAGGAACUGUUGAUGUGUCCACGAUUCCCAACAGGCAGCACAAUUCUCCGUGCGAACAGGAGAUCUGGCAGUCCUUCGAGAUUGAUAACUCCCUGAAGAACCUGCCCAAUUACGAGAAGAUCCAUGAGUUGAUAGAGUGUGGCGAUCUCGACGGCCUGACUCACAUUCAGAGGGACAUAAAUACGGCUCUUCUUCUGGCCGUUUGGCAUCAGCGACCGAGUUGCGUGGUUUCGCUCCUCAACGAGUUCAAUGCUGAUCCCAAUACGUCAGAUCUCAAGGGACGCACUCCGCUACAUUUAUCCUGCUCACGAGGAGACUUCUUCACCACGAAAGUUCUUCUCAGGCACGGCGCAAAGUCUCAUCAAUGGGACGAUAGCUUGAAAGCUACUCCGCUUCACUGCGCUGCCAGUGCCGGCAGCGCCGAAUGCAUCCAACUUCUCUUGCGCAACGGAGCUCAACUCAAUGCCGGAAUCGAGAGGAGGUCAGCACUUCACUAUGCUGUGGAGAGGAACAUCGUGCACUGCGUCCAGAUCCUGCUACAGUACGGCGCCAAUCCCAACACUCCUCAGGUUUACACCGAGACUCCACUUCACGUGGCCGCCAGUCUGGGCUACGACAGGUGCAUUAAACUGUUGCUGGAUCACGGCGCAGACGUUCGAUCACAGUUCGGCAAGAGACGCUUGACGGCACUUCAUCUCGCCGCUGAGGAUGACUACAUGGAGUGCGUGCGACUGCUUCUGGACGCGGGAGCGAAGAUAGACGUGAGAAAUCACUUAGAUCAGACUCCUCUCAUCCUGGCAUGCCUCGGCCAGUCCACUUCCACCCUUGAGAUCCUCAUAAAGCGCGGCGCUGACGUUCACACCGUGUACAAGGAUGGCCGAACGGCGCUUCACGCGGCCAUCGUGAAGGACAACAAGUCGUGGGAUUGCGCCAAAAUGCUUCUGCGCGCCGGUGUGGACGUCAACCGACCAGACAACUACGGUUACACACCAGUUCAUCUGGCCGCUCUCAAUGAGUUCAGCUCCUGCGUUCACAUGCUAAUCGAGCACGGCGCAGACAUAACAGCGCGCACGAACGGCGGCGUCAGUGCACUCUCCUUCAUAGUCCGGCGCACACCAGAAGUCAUCCCCAAGUACAUCUCCAAGUUCGACAGUUCCAUCAAAGUCAACGAGCACGAGAUUGGCGACGUGGACUGCGAGAUCAAGCUGGACUUUCGUCUGCUGGUGCCCAAUAAUGAGCGCGGCGAAACCGAACUCUUGCUGGCCUUCAUCGAGGUCGGACAGAAGCGUAUCCUCAAGCAUCCGCUGUGCGAGACAUUUCUCUUCCUCAAGUGGCGCCGCAUCCGGAAGUUCUUCCUCUUCAGCCUCUUCUACCACUCGAUCUACGUGCUCCUGUUCACUCUCUACGUUCUCGGCGUGUACGUGAAAGACUGUCCCAUCGCUUCCAGCUCAACCGACCACUGCAAAAUCCCUCCAUACAUCAUGCCCGUGGGAUACUUAGUGCUCAUCCUGAACUUCCUCCUUCUGGCAAAGGAACUCUUCCAAAUGGCACACGGCUUCAGUUCUUACGUAAAAUAUUGGGAGAAUUGGCUGCAAUGGACAAUCAUCUUGGGCGGAUUUCUCUGUGCAACUCCACAAGCCAUCAUCUCAGAUGAUUUAACACUCGUUCCCAAAUGGCAACAUCACAUGGCGGCGGUGGUAAUAUUCCUCGUCUGGGUGGAACUUAUGAUGCUGGUUGGGCGAUUCCCCAUCUUCGGCCUCUACGUGCAGAUGUUCACCAAAGUUGCUGUGAACUUCUCCAAAUUCCUCCUCGCUUAUUGCUGUCUUCUCGUGGCUUUUGGCUUGAGCUUUGGCGUGCUUUUCGCCAACUAUCCAGCCUUCAAGACGAUUCCUUGGGCACUGCUUAAGACCAUCACGAUGAUGGCUGGAGAAUUGGAAUUCGAGGAUAUCUUCUAUGACAAUGAAAGACCACUCAACUAUCCUGUCACUGCUCACGCAAUGUUCCUGGCAUUCGUUCUCUUGGUCACAGUAAUUCUCACCAAUCUCUUGGUGGGUUUGGCUGUUAGCGAUAUUCAAGGAUUGCAAGCAUCGGCAGGACUGGACAGACUCUCGCGUCAGGCUGAACUCGUGUCACGCCUUGAAGGACUCUUCUUCUCAAAGCUACUGAGAAAGCUUCCACCGAGACUGCUGGCAAUAUGCCAAAGAAGCGCUUUGCUGAGAACAUCUCGAUGGCAUUUGCAAUUUUGCAUUAAACCCAACGAUCCUCGCGAGAGAAGACUCCCCAAGGAUCUCAUGCUGUCUGUCUACAAACUAGUGGCGGAGAGACGUGAUCGCAAUCAGAGCAUGAAGCGAAAGAGGAAUUCUCAGAACUACAAUCUCUUUAAGGACUCCAUUAACGACAAGACCAACACAGUUCAGCUGCGAAAGCACACAUCUCAACUCAACUCCAAUCCUCGACCGAAAACCGUUGCUGAAAACUCGAGGAUCUUUUACAGAAACGCCAGAUCGACUCCUCCGCCGAUAACUCUUCCGCAAAUCACUGAUCUCGAUGGAGACAGCAACAAGUCGAACGUGAGCGGAAUUGUUGAGCGACUGGAGAAGAUGGAAGAAGAGAUGUCGAAGCGAUUUGACGAGAUCAAUCGCGAUAUUGUCUUCAUCAAGAUGCGCAUGGAAACUUGACCAAAGAAU